CGGUGGUGCAGCCCAAGGCGGAAGCGGCUCUCUGACGGAACCGGCUAGCGAAGCGUAGCGAUGGCCGCGGGCGUCCCCUGUGCACUUGUCACCAGCUGCUCUUCCACCUUCACCGGGGACCGGCUGGUUCAACAUAUCCUUGGAACAGAAGAUCUUAUUUCAGAAGUGACUUCCACUGAUGCUGUGAGAUUUUAUCCCUGGACUAUUGAUAAUAAGUACUAUUCAGCAGAUAUCAGUCUAUGUGUGGUGCCAAACAAAUUUCUCAUCACUGCAGAGAUUGCAGAGUCUGUCCAAGCGUUUGUGGUAUACUUUGACAGCACGCAGAAAUCUGGUCUUGAUAGUGUCUCCUCAUGGCUUCCACUGGCAGAAGCAUGGUUACCUGAGGUGAUGAUCUUGGUCUGUGAUAGAGUGUCGGAAAAUGGUGUAAACCGGCAAAAAGCUCAAGAAUGGUGCAUUAAGCAUGGCUUUGAAUUGGUAGAACUUAAUCCAGAGGAGUUGCCUGAGGAGGAUGAUGACUUCCCAGAAUCUACAGGAGUAAAGCGAAUUAUACAAGCCUUGAAUGCCAAUGUCUGGUCCAAUGUAGUGAUGAAGAAUGAUAGGAACCAAGGCUUUAGCCUUCUUAGCUCAUUGGCUGGAGCAAACCAAACCAUUGGGUCAGCAGAGACCUGUCAUUCAGAGCUGCCCCAUUUGCCAGCAGCAGAUAGGACGGAACCCCUCUUGGAUCAUCAGGGUGGUGCAUCUAACACAGCCGCUGCCCAGGUUGAUAGUACUGUAGAUCCCAUGUUAGACCUGGAUAUUCAAGAAUUAGCCAGUCUUACUACUGGAGGAGGAGAUUUGGAGAAUUUUGAAAGACUAUUUUCAAAGUUAAAAGAAAUGAAAGACAAGGCUGCGACACUUCCUCAUGAGCAAAGAAAGUUGCAUGCGGAAAAGGUGGCUAAAGCAUUCUGGAUGGCAAUCGGGGGAGACAGAGAUGAAAUUGAAGGCCUUUCAUCUGAUGAAGAAAACUAAACUAUUCAUAGUGGGAUUUGACUAACCAAGAUGCUAACUCCCUAUACCUGGGUUAAGGGGAUAUUUCCCUACCUAACCUAGUUAUAGUUUGCUGAAAUUCCCAUCAUCAUGUUGACUGUCUGACUUACUUAUAGGGUUUCCUUAAUUUUAGUUUUUAGUAGGGCUUUAAAUCUUUUCUCUCACAGUAUAAGAGAAUGAGGAGUAUAAUGUCAAUAAGGAGUAAGUUUUUCAGAUACACUUUUUUGUUCUAGGAAUAGCAGUAGAAUGAGAUUCAAGAGGUCUGUGUGAUUUGUCCAAGUUAAAGAAGAAGAAAACUAUGAAGCCAUUCCUGAUCAGCCUUUUAAAUAGCAGUCCCUGCAUUCAAACUUGGUUAUUGCACAGCUGGAGCUUGUGCCAUCUUUCCUGGAUGUUCUGGAUUUUAUGGUUGCACUGCUUUACUGCUUUCAAGGAGCAUGCUGUUCUGACCUAUGGUGUUUUUGAUGGGAAGAAAGGAGGCAGCUGCAGAUUUGAUUUGCACCGUAGUAUGAGUGGGCCAAAGUCAGUGCUCCCAGUAGGGAGUGUGAGUGAAAUACGGAGUAGCAUAAGAAUUUGCCAGACUGUUUUGGGAUCCACAAUGCAUGUGUAUAAUAUCAGCUCACAUUUUCAAGACCUCAGCUAUCAGAAGAGAUUGACCCUCUUCUAGAGGACACAUGGAAUGAAGGCAUCUCAUGGUAUUUACUAAAGGCCCAUGUUAAGAACAGUGAUGAUGAGCUAAUACUGCAAUAAAAGUUGCAUUCUAUAUAAGGUGACCUGUGUGCAUGCCAGCACAAGUAGUUAUGGACGGUCUAGCUAGGAUUUAAAAUAAUAGAUGUGUUUUGUUGUUCAACAUUUCCUAUUUGUGUAACACAGCAUCUGGCACACAGUAGGCCCCAUAUUUGAUAGUUUGAUGAAUAUAAUCACAAGUUUAAGGAUCAUAAGUGUUGGAAGGUAGGGAGAGACAAGAAUAAACUUUUUUUCCUGAGUAA